CACCCUCUGGGUCCCGGAACGCCCCUGGCCAUGCUGGCAGCACAGUGCAACAAAAUCACAAGCAAAUCCCCGCCCCCAUUCAGCGACUCCCCGACACUCAAGGGCGGAUUCCACCCCUGGAGGAAGGCGGAACCAGCCAGCCCCAGCCCAUGUGCCGUCAGUGGCGCCUCCAUCCAGAAGUCAAACCUAAGCUCCGCCCAGACAAGCGCCUCCUACCUGGGUUAUGGGCGGUCCGUGACCUCCAUGGCCUCGUCAGGGGGCGGAUCUCUCUACGGCAAUGACAUUUUCUCUACCGCCUCUUCAGGAGGGGGCGGGGCCUACGGGAAUGAUGGCUCUCAGUCGCCAGUACAACAUAAGGUCCACGACAGCAGUCUCGGCGGCCCUGCCCUGGGCAGCAUGUACUCCAGGAUGCACCCUUUGACCUACGACCCCUGGCCCUUCAACGUCGGCAACCCCCACGCCGCCGGGCACCCUACCAUUAAAACCGAGGUCUCCACGCCAUCCUCAGUCAACGGCGCCGCCGCGUGGUGGGACGUCCACGCCAACCCAAGCUCCUGGCUCUCUGACGCUUCCGGUUCCGGCGCGGCUGCCCUGAGGUCUCAAAUCUCCCCCAGCUACCCGAGCUCCGAGUUCUCUCUCAGCCACGCCCUCGGCUCCAACCCCAACGCCCUCCUGUCCUCGGGCCAGCACCUCCUACAGGACACCUACAGCACGUACAAGUCCAUGCUGACGUCACCAUCCGACCUCGGGGCCGCCUCCAUGUCGCCGUUCCUCGCCGCCACGCGCUCGGGAAUUUCCGGACUCCCGAGUUCCCGGACCCAGCGGCGCUACACCGGCCGCUCUAACUGUGAUUGUCCCAACUGUCAGGAGGCUGACCGGCUCGGUCCGGCUGGGGAACAUCUGAGGAAACGGAACAUCCACAGCUGCCACAUCCCGGGCUGCGGGAAAGUCUACAACAAAACCUCCCACCUCAAGGCACAUCUACGCUGGCACACGGGCGAGAGGCCGUUCGUCUGUAACUGGCUCUUCUGCGGGAAGCGGUUCACCCGCUCGGAUGAGCUUCAGAGGCACCUGCGGACCCACAGCGGGGAGAAGAGAUUCGCGUGUCCUGUCUGCAACAAAAGGUUCAUGCGCAGCGACCAUCUCAGCAAGCACGUCAAGACGCAUAACGAGGGGGGUGGGGAUGGAAGCGGAAGUGAAUCGGAGAACGCCUCGGGCGAGGGAGGACUAUCUCGCGACGACAUGUCCCCCCACGACCCGCAUGUGCAUGGAAUGUCUGUGCCGCCCCCACACCCCGCUGAUGUUAAAUCCUUAUGA